GCCACAUGUUUAAUCUGUGUUUCUGCAUUGGUCUCUUUCAGCCCCUCUCGGAACGGUUUGAGACUUUCUGUCUGGAUCCUUCUCUUGUCAGCAAGCAAGUCAGCCUCGUGCACUUCCCUCCGGGCUUCCAGCCCAUUCCGUGCAAACCCUUGUUCUUUGACCUGGCCCUUAAUCAUGUUGCUUUCCCACCUCUGGAGGACAAGGUGGAGCAGAAGGCCAAGAGUGGCCUCACAGGAUAUAUAAAGGGCAUAUUUGGAUUCAAAAGUUAACCAGGACCCCCUGGGGAACAGAGGUUUUAUUCUGUAUUGAAGGAAAAGCUCCAAGAGGUUCUAGGACACAAAUAUCUGCACCUGAAACCAACAGAGGGAGAUUUUACCAUCUUCCCUGUGUUCUGUGUAUAUGUCUGUGCACUUACAUUCUCUCCCAGUCUGUUAAAGGCAAACAAUCUAUUCGGAAACAUACAUAUACUAUAAAUAGCUGAAAAUAAUCUGGAGCAGAGAGAAAUUCCAUUCUGCUCAGAGAAGUUGGAGCUUGUUUUGUGACCAGGGGCCUGUUCGGGGCUGGUACACAUCUGCUUACCAUGGACCAGGGCAUAGGCAUUACUUGAUUCCUCCCACCACCCCAUUAUUUGACACUAUAGCUUGGUAUUUUGGUCUAGAAAUCUGGGUGUGAUGGGGAAACAGGGGCAAAAGUAGGUGCAGAACUAAACCAGCAGGGUGAGGCUGCCUGCAUGGAGGCUAUGAAACAGUACCAAGGGGGUUAACUUUUCUUCCCUUUCGACUCCCAGUCCUCGCCGAGAGGCAUAUAUAGUUACAUAAAGAGAAGUGUCUGUUCUUUAAAUAUGUAACAUUCAGAAAUGACAAAAUGGAGCCUCUUUCCUUAUCGAUAAGGAUGGCAAAUACCUUGCCAAAUGUUAAUGGUUACCCCAGUUGUGGUGGAGUAUAACCUGAAUUUGUACUCUGGGCCGAUAGGAUCCUUCUUUAUUACACACAUUUUGUUAAAUACCUAAAUACAGUAUAGAACCUAUUCCUACAAGGCUUUUCCUGGGAAACUAGCUUCGUGGGUGGCUUUAGAAAUAGCUGCUUGCUCUUCAUGGGAAGUUGGGUCUCUCAAUGUUCGUUUUGUCUCUGAUCUAAAGCUUGCCUGAACACAAGAUGAUCUUUUUCUGGAUUCAUCUGUUGCUUUUUCCCUCGUCCUGGGUUGGUAGAUGCACCUGAAAUGAGGAAUAAGCAACAGGCGACCAGCAGGUUCUGGAGUGAUGGAUCUUCUCUGUCAUGCCGGACAGCUUUUUUUUUUUUUUUUUUUUUAUGAAGCGCCCAGGUGCUAUGGUGAUAGGCACUUUCAAAAUGCGGGUAAUUUCAUAAUCGUGACCACGUAAACGGGAAAAAAAACCCCACAGCACAUGGGCAGAACUGUUCCUAAAUAAAGUAUUUGGAAGUUUCCACCAGCAGUGUCUGGGUUUUCACUCAGUUUGUAACUGGAAGCUGAAACAUUGGUUUGUUCUCCCUGCCUUAACGCUUCUGCACCAGUUGGCUUGCCCUUUGCAUUGUUUCUCCAUUUUUAGGCAUCGGAGUUAAUGGGUGGAAACAGAAGAACUGUUAAAAAAAAUAUUGGAUUGUUGUCGUGGGAAUUUUCCAAGCAAGGUGCAUGUCAGAUGAAUGGGGGGAAUUAAUGAUUCCCAUUGUUUUAAUAUGAAUGUUUGCUUCUUUGUUCCAAGUCGAUCUGAUUUGUGAGUUCUCAAAGUACAAAGCAGCUUUCAAGAGGACUCUGUGCUCAGAAAGAGACCAGAGCAGAGAGCCAGCACCCACAACGACUUUUCAGACUCCGGGAGAUCAGCUGGGACCUCGCCAACAUGUUCAAGGGGGUGGGCAAAGGCUCCCCAAGCAGAAGUUCCCCCAACAGAGGUUCCCCUGUCAAGCCUAGCAGGUCCUCAACAAAUGAGCUGGCCGUUCUCAUCUCCCGCAUGCAGACAAAUGCCGACCAGGUGGAGAAGGACAUCCUGGAGACACAGUCCAGGCUCAAGCAGGAUGCCAGCAAUCACCAGAAGAACAAGGCUUUUGAGUUCCAGUCGGAGAACGCCAGGAAUCUGAAGGAAGCGGAGACCCUGCUGAAGGAUCUCUUUCUGGACGUGGACCGUGCCAAGCGGCUGAAACACCCUCAGGCCACUGAGAUAGAGAAAGACAUCCAGCAGCUCCAUGACCGCAUGACGCAGCUAUGUGCAGAGUACCGGGCCCUCUACGAACAGCUGAACGUCCCUGAUGUGGGGCCCAGGGUAGACUGGGCCAGGAUCCUGGACCAAAAGAUGAAACAAGUCAACGCGGGACAGUAUGGCCCCGGCAUGUCAGAGCUGGAAAAGCAAAUAGCUGAGCACAACAUCCUCCAGAAGGAAAUUGAAGCCUAUGGCCUCCAGAUCAAGAACCUCUGCUCUGGGGAUGUGGCAGACUUAAAAAGCCAAUACAAGGACUUGCUGAAAGCCUCCAUCUGGCGAGGGCAGAGCCUGGGCAGCCUGUACCACCACCUCCAGGGCUGCACCAAGGAGCUGGGCUACCUGACGGACCAGCAGACCAGGAUCCUGAAGCAGGACUGGAGUGACCAAAUGAUGGACGUCCAAAGCAUGCGUCGGGAGUAUGAGGACUUCAAGUCCAAUGAGCUGCUCAGCCAGGAAGAGGUUGUGAACAAUCUUCAGGAUGAUGGGGAUAGGAUGAUAGAGCUGAAGCAUCCAGCUGUCAAACCUAUCCAGGCUCACCAGGAAGCCUUGAAGAACGAGUGGCAGAAUUUCUUGAAUCUCUGCAUUUGCCAGGAGAGUCAACUGAAAAGCGUGGAGAACUAUAAGAAGUUCCAGGAUGAUGCUGAGGCUGUGAGCUGCUCCCUGAAGAAGAUGAAUUCUGACCUGGACACCAAAUACAGCAAGUUCAACAAAGACAGCCCUGGGGUGGUGUCAGAUCUGCUGCUUCAGCUGGAGAAUGAGGAGAAGGUGGUGAAGCAGGCAGAGAAGAGCAUCGCUGACCUGAAGAGAAGGAGCAAAGAGAUCAGCCCACUGAAACUGCGCAGGAUGCGUCCCUCCCAGCCCGUCACCUUGGACACCCUCUGUGACUGGGAUGCUGGGGAGGUGCAGCUGACAAGAGGUGACAAGUACACUCUGAAGGACAACAGCAACCCGGAGAUGUGGGUGGUGCAGAGCAGCGCUGGUGUGGUCCAGGAGGCACCUUCUGCUUGCUUCUCCAUCCCUCCACCAGACCCCGAGUCCAUAGACAAGGUCAAUAGGCUGGAAGGGGAACUGAACGUGGUGAAGCAGAAGCGAGCGGUGGUUCAGAGCACCCUGAGACACAGCCACAAGGAGCAGGUUCAACCCAGCCAGCAGGCUCUGUCCAGGAGCCCCCCUGUAGUCCAGGAUGAUCCCCAAGCUGACCAGCUUCUCGGUAGCCUGGAUCAUGUUGGCAAGGAGCUGGUCCAGGUAGAGAAGGAGGUCUUGAACCGAGUGAGGUCUCCAGUGAACUACAGUGACCCCACAGAUGACCUUGCCAGGAGGAUCAAACACCAGCAGGAAACAACAAAGAAACUUGAGAACCUGGGGGCAGCCAAGGAUGCUUUGCAGAAGGAGUGUGAGACCUACCUUUCCAAGAAACCCACCAGCACCUCGGCUUCCCAGCUCCCUGUUGCAUUGAAUGCCCUCAGGAGCAAAUACAAUGAUGUCAACAUGCUCUCCAGCCUGUACAAUGAGAAGGCUAAGGCUGCCCUGAACCUGGAGACUCGGAUUGAGAACACAGACAAGAUCAUCAGCACGUUUGAGGCCAAGCUGGCUCAGGAUAGCAUCAUUCCUGCAUCCCCCAAUGCCCUGCAGGAUCGGGCCAACAAUCUGCAGAAGAUGAAGUGGGACCUGGUGGCCCAAGAGGACUGUGUGCUGAAGCUGAACCGGGGGCUCAAGGAUGCUGAGCACAGCUGCAGCGCUGUGCAGAACAACUUCCAGGAGUACUGCCCUGACCUGCCCCGGCAGAAGCGGGAGGUGCAGCUCCUCAAUGAUCGCUACCAUGCCGUUGCAGACCAGCUGGAUCAGCGAGAGAAGACCCUCAGAAAUAUCAGCCUCACCUACCAGCAGUUCCAAAACUCCAAUGAGAACCUGAUGUUCUGGAUGCACAACCUACCCAAGCACCAAGUGAAGACUACUGAUGGGCCAAGCCAGAUCAAUUACAAGCUGCAGGCACAGAAGAGACUGGUGGAGGAGAUCGAAAGCAAGGAGCCUGAGAAGAACGCAGUGGUCAGACUGUCCCGGAACGUGCAGUCCACCCUCAAUGACUAUGAGCUCCAAGCAGGCAAGUACAGCUCUUCUCUGGACCCUGCCCUGACUGAUGUUGCUGCAAAGAGGCUGCGUGUGACCCCCCUACAAGAAAGCAUCCAGGCUCAGGAAAAUGAUGUAACCAAGCUGUACAUGGAGCUGGCAGCAGAAAAUAAACAGCAGCUCAGCCGGCUGGAGUUUGCCAAGAAGAUUGUUGAGAAGAAGGAAGUGCAUGAGGACAUUGAAGCUGUACAUGGACAAACCCAGCAAUGUGAAAACAAAGCCACAACAAGCGGGGAAUCUGAGGGGUUGAAAUCGCAGCUGGAGGAAGAAAGGAGGAAAGUGGCCAAGAUUGAAGAGGACCUGGAGGAACACAGAAACAAGCUGCUAAUGUUGAAGACUCAGAAGCCCAUUGAAAGAGUAGAAGAAAAGGAGGUGAUAGAAUAUUAUAGAGACCCACAGGUGGAGAGCAACCUGUCUAAGAUGGUGCAGCAGAUUGAAGAAGAAAGCAAAAAGAGGCAGAGCCUGCAAGAAGACAUUGAAGUGAUGAGCCAGAAGCUUGCCCAGAUGGAGAACGAGAAGAAGGUCAUUCCUGCCCAACUCCUCACCAAAGAGAUCACAAAAAUUGAGAAAGAUCCAAGCCUGGAUACCCAAGCAGCCAGUCUUCGUCAGGAGAUCAAACGACUCAAGGAGGAAAGCUUGGCUGCUGCUUCCGAACUUGAGGAGCGUAAGAGAGAGCUGCACAUGCUGGAGCGAAAGCAGCCCAAUAUCAGAGAGAAAGUGGUGGUGAAGGAGCUGAUCAAACUGGAGAAAAACCCAGAAAUGCUGAAGUCCGUUAGGACCCUGCAGCUACAAAUUGAUGAGGAAUCCUUCAAGAGGAAGUCUGCAGAAGAAGCAAUAGUGAAGGUGAAGAACAAGAUUGAGGAAGUGGAAAGACUAAUUGAAACAGCAGAACCCAAAAUUAUUGUUAAGGAGGUGAAACAGGUAGAGCAGGACCCAGAGUUAUUGAGAGAGUCUUCCAAGCUUAAAACUCUGAUUGAAGAAGAGAAGAGCAAGAACCUGAUGCUUACAGGUGAGCUGGGGGAGCUGCAGAACCAGUACAGUAUUGCAGAGAAGCAAAAACCAAGGAUAGAGGUUAAAGAAAGGGUCAAUGAGAUUUUCCUGGUGGAUCCUGAAACGGAGCGGCAAAUUGCACACCUAAAAAGGGAGCUGCAGGAAGUUACUCUGAAAAGGACAAAGAUUGACAGUGAAGUGGAAGAGGCCUUAGCAGAGCUCAGUGUCCUCAGGUCACAGAAACCAGUAGUGGAACUUAAGGAGGUUAUAGAGGAGGUGGUAAAACAUGAGAAGAGUCCAGAGAUUCUUAGAGAAAUCGACAGGCUGAAACAACAGCUCAAUGAACUAGUGAACACCAACGGCAGGACCCAAGAGCAGCUCAUUAGGCUGCAGGGUGAAAGGGAUGAAUGGAAGAGGGAGAGAUCGAAGGUGGAAACCAAGCUGGUCAACAAGGAAGUUAUCCGAUAUGAAAAUGAUCCACUCUUGGAAAAAGAAGCUGAUCGCCUCCGUCAAGAGGUGCGUAACAUGUCUCAAAAGAGGAGAGCUGCAGAGGAUGCCAUCUACGACUUGCAGAAUAAAUACAUGCUACUGGAGAGGCGAAAGCCAGAGGAAAAGGUAGUUGUCCAAGAGGUGAUACUGACUCAAAAGGAUCCAAAGCUCCGAGAUGAGCACAACAGGCUGAGACGGAGUCUAGAUGAGGAGGUGAGCAACAGGCGUCGUCUGGAACGUGAUGUGCAACAGGUUCGUGCACUGGUGGAAGAGCAAGAGAAGUUGCUCAACUUUCAGGAGGAUCGAAACAAGAGGCUUGCACUGGAGAAGGAGAUGAGACAAACUACCUUGAGAAUAAAGGAGCUGGAGGAGAGCCCAGCCCCAGUGCAAGAAAAGAUCAUUAUGGAAGAAGUAGUCAAGUUGGAGAAGGAUCCAGUCCUCGAACAGUCUGCCAGCAACCUGCGCUUGGAGCUGGACCGUGAGAAGAUGGAGGUGCUGAACUUGCAGAGAGAAUGCAAGAACCUGCAAAUGCAAGUUGAUGUCCUGCAGAAAACAAAAUCCCAGGAGAAGACCAUCUACAAGGAGGUGAUUCGAGUGGAAAAGGACAGAGCACUGGAGAGUGAACGUGCACGCAUCUGGGAGCUGCUGAACAGGGAGAGAGGGGCCAAGCAAAAGGCAGAAGAGGAGGUACGGCGGCUCAGGGAGAAGAUAGAGAGAGCUGAAGGCAUGAAAAGGACGUGGGCUCGUGAAGAGACAGAGCUGCAGAAAGCCAGGAACCUGGCCAUCCAGGAGAGAGCCAACUUGGAGAGUGACCUGCGGGACCUAGAGAGGCAGAAGCAGCAGAAAGUCCUCUUCCUUCGGGAGGAGUCCAAACUGCUCAACCAACGGACUGAGAAUGACAGGCAGAAGAAGAAGCAGCUGGAACACGAGUUUUCCCUGCUGGAGGCAGACAUCCUUAGGGAGAAGGACCAGAUCUACAACAAGGAGAGGUUCAUUCGAGAUCUCCAGUCAAAGGUCAACCGGGAAGAAAUCAAUCAUGAAACACAGAUGAGAGAGACGAACCUCUCCACCAAGAUCUCUAUAUUGGACCCUGAGACAGGGAAGGAUAUGUCCCCUUAUGAGGCCUAUAAGAGAGGUAUCAUAGACAGAGGCCAGUACAUCCAACUGCAAGAGCUAGAGUGUGACUGGGAGGAAGUCACCACCCUGGGCCCAAAUGGGGAAGUGUCAGUUCUCCUUGACAAGAAAAGUGGGAAGCAGUAUUCCAUCGAUGAUGCGCUAAGGCUGAGGAGGAUCACAAAGGAGGAGUACCAGCUGUACCGGGAUGGCAAGAUUCCCAUCUCUGAAUUCGCCUUGCUGGUGGCUGGGGAAUCCAAGCCUCCCCCAUCCCUCUCGAUUGGCUCCAUCAUCUCCAAAUCCCCGCUCUCAUCACCCACCACCCCCCAAACCCAAAGCUUCUUCCCCCCAGCAUCGCAGAAGGGCUUCUGUGAUGACACAUCCCCCAUUGCCGGGGUGUACGACACCACCACUGAAACCAAGUACAACAUCAAGACUGCUGUUGCAAAGAAGCUGCUUGAUCCCAUGACGGCUCAGAAGCUCCUGGAAGCCCAGGCUGCAACGGGGGGCAUCAUAGACCUCAUUUCUCGGGACCGUUUCUCAGUCCACAAGGCGAUCGAGAGGGGGCUGAUUGACAGGACCUACAUGCAGAGACUGCUCAACGCUCAGAAAGCUUUCACAGGGAUUGAGGACCCAGUAACAAAGCGAAGGCUGUCUGUGGGGGAAGCAGUGCAGAAGGGGUGGAUUACUAAGGACAGCGCUUUCCCCUAUCUGGAGGUCCAGCAUCUAACUGGAGGGCUCAUCGAUCCCAAGAAAACUGGUCGCAUCCCCGUUCUGGAAGCUGCCCAGACAGGGAUGAUAACAGGCGACUUGGCCAACAGGCUCCAGGAUGAGUCCAACUAUGAAAAAGAUCUCAUUGACCCCAUCACUAAAGAGAAGAUAAAUUACAAGGAGGCCAUGGCGCUCUGCCAGAAGGAUUCGCUGAGCAGCCUCCUGCUGCUCCCAGCCACAUCCGAGGGAUAUCAGCGGUACCACCAGGCGAGCCGCUCCCCCAAGCUCUCCCGAUUCAGGCAUUGAAUG